AUGCCUUAUGGUGAUGGUAUUUUGGAAUCACCAGCUGAUCAAUAUGGAAAAACAACAUUAUGUAUGCGUAAUGCAAAACGUUUAUUUAAAUGUGCUGCUUAUAUGGUCUAUUUUGUUGGUGUUUUGGUAUUUGCUGUUGCAAGUAAAGGUUCAUUUCUUCUUAUGACACAAAGUUUAGGAAAUCGAUUACAAGAAAAACAAUAUGCAAGUCGUUGGUCAUUUAUGUUAGUUGCUACAAUAUGUGUUCCAUAUGUAUUUCUUUUUCUUGAAGCAUUGGCAAAAAGUCUUUUUCGUAAUCGACGUGGACCAGUUUUUACAGAUUUAAUAACAAUAUUUGUUCUUGAGAGUAUUCAUACAUUUGGUGUUUGUUUACUCGUAUUUCGUGUUUUACCAAGUUGUGAUGUUAUACGUGGUCUUUUAUUAAUGAAUGCUGUUUGUACAAUACCAGCAUUUUGUAAAUUAACAUUAUCAAAAAGUAAUUCACGUCCAAUGUUACGUUUUUUAACAUUAUUUAUUGAUUUGGCUGCAUUUGUUGCUCAAUGUUCAGUUUAUUUUGUUGUAACAAGUACACAAUAUACAGCAUUUUUAACAAAACCAUCAUUAACAACAACAACACAAGCAACAAAUAUUGGUGAAUCAUUAUCAUCAGAUACAUUUGAUACAUUAAAUACAGCCAUAAGUAAUUCAAUAAAAACAACAACAGAUAUAAAUGAACAUGUACAAAUACGUUUUGGUUGGGAAGCACCUAUUGCUUUAUUUUGUGUAUCGAUUGUAUGGUGGGAAAAUUAUGUUGAUAGAGAUAUUAAAUUAGGAAAAUUAAAUAUACCAUUAGGAACAUAUAAAAGACAUUUACAAUCAGUACGAUCAAAAGCAAAUAUAGGUGCAUCAAUAUGGAAAAUAGCACUUACAGUUGCAUUUAGUUUUCUUUUAUUACCAAAAGAACGUUUUGAAAAUGUAUUUGUAUCAUUUAAUAAUAAUCCAUCAAAUAUUAUAUCUAAUGAACCAUCAUUACAUACAGGUUCAGAAUUAAAUAAUUAUGAUGCUGGUUCAUUAUCAAAUCAAUUUGAUAUGAAUAAUAAUAAUAAUGAUUUACCUGUACGACAUAAACGUCAAAUGCCAUUAUUUCCUGUUGAUGAUAAUAAUACAGUAAUGGGUAAAAUAGGUGGUAAUGCAGAUCAAAUGUCUUUAUUUCCAGGUAAUAAUGAUGAUGAUCCAGGUAUAGCAGCUGAUCCAUUUGAUUUUCAACCAGAUAGAGAAAAAACUAUUGAUGAUUAUUGGCAUUCUAUAGGACCAUUUGUUCCUAUGAUAAUACAUUUUUUUUCUACAGGUCUUUGUUAUUAUUUUUCAAAAUCAGCAUGUAAAAUGCAAAUGCAACGUGUAGCAUUUGCUGUACCAUUAACAUUAGCAACACCUGUUACAUUAGCUAUAAUGAUUGGUUUAUGUCAAUGGAAAACUGAUCAAAUUGUAUUUAUACGUGAAAUAAUGUAUUGGGAAUGUAGUGAAAAUUUAAAUACAACACGUAUAACAUGGCAUAUUAUUAUUGGUUUAUGUCUAUGGUAUUUAUCACAAUUAUGGAUAACAUCACAUAUAUGGUUUCCAGAAAAUAAACGUUUAGCUACAACUGAAACAUUAUUUGUUCUUCCACAAUAUGAUAGUUCAUUAAUUGAACAAUCACUUUUAUUAAAUCGACGUCGUAAUGAACCAGAACAUCAAAAAAAUAAAUUAGAAGAACAUUUUGAAGAUUUAGAUAUUAUUGAUGGAAUGGCUGCAUUUUCUGAAGAUGAAAAAUUAGAAAAUAAUACAAAAAUUUAUUUAUGUGGAACAUUAUGGCAUGAAACUAUUAGUGAAAUGAUUCUUAUGCUUAAAUCGAUCAUGAGAAUGGAUAUUGAUCAAAGUGCAAGAAGACAAGCAAGAGAUGAAUUUCAAGUUAUUGAUCCAGAUUAUUAUGAUAUGGAAGCUCAUGUCUUUUUUGAUGAUGCAUUUUAUCAUGAUGAAAAUCAACAACGUACAUUAAAUAUGUUUGUUAAAGAUUUUUUCGAAGCUAUUAAUAAAGCUGCUGGAAUUGUUCAUGAUGUUGAAGGUAUGAAAUUAGCACCACCACAAAAAACAGCAACACCUUAUGGUGGUCGUUUAUCAUGGCGAUUACCAGGUGGAAAUUUACUUGUUGUUCAUCUUAAAGAUAAACUUAAAGUUAGUAAGAAAAAACGAUGGAGUAUGGUUAUGUAUAUGUAUUAUUUACUUGGUUAUCGUAUUCUUGGUCAAUGUGAACAACGAAUGAAAUCAUUAAUAAAAUUAAUUGAAGAUUCACCAGAUAAAAGAAAUUAUCGUCGACAUUUUGAUCAAAAUGAAGAUUUACAUGUUUAUUAUAAAGAUAUUCUUGGACCACGUUUAUUACUUGAAGCUGAAAAUACAUUUAUUUUAUCUGUUGAUGGUGAUGUUGAUUUUGGUCCUGAUUCAGUUCGAAUGUUAAUUGAUCGAAUGAAAAAAGAUAAAAAAGUUGGAGCAGUUAGUAGUCGAAUUCAUCCUAUCGGUAGUGGUCCAUUAAUAUGGUAUCAGAAAAUGGAAUAUGCUAUGUGUUAUUGGUUACAAAAAACAACUGAACAUAGUCUUGGUUGUGUUUUAUGUGCACCGGGUUGUUUUGCAUUAUAUCGUGCAUCAGCUUUAAUGGAUGAUAAUGUUAUGAAAGUAUUUGCAUCACGUUGUGAAUCACCUGAAGAUUAUCUUCUACGAGAUUUAGGUGAAGAUCGUUUUUUAAGUAAAUUAUUAAUUGAACAAGGUUAUAGAAUUGAAUAUUGUGCUGCAGCUGAUGCAUAUACACAUGCACCAGAAACAUUUACAGAUUUUUUUAAUCAACGUCGUCGAUGGAUACCAUCAACACUUGGUAUAACUGUAUCAAUACUUAAAAAUUAUCGUCGUACAAUACGUAUUAAUGAAAGUGUUUCAUUUUUAGCUGUACUUUAUCAUGUUUUUUAUCUUGCUUUAUAUAUAUUAAGUCCAGCAACAAUAACAAUAGCAAUAGCUGAUGCAUUUAAUGCUACAACUGAUAUUGAUGUAUGGGCUGCAUAUACACUUGCUUGUUUUCCUGCUAUUGCAUUUUUAAUGAUUUGUUAUCAUGAUAUAACAGAAGAAAAAAAAAUUAUUUGUGCAGCUAUAUUUGGUACAUAUUAUGCUAUUGUUAUGAUGAUUGUUGUUGUUGGAACAAUUGUAAGAAUGGUUGAUGGUUCAUGGAAAACAACAGCAGUCUUUUUUCUUCUUUUUAUGGGAAUUAUUUUCUUUUUUACAGCUAUUUGUCAUCCAUAUGAAUUAAACUGUGUUCAACCAUGUUUACUUUUUUUUCUUUGUGUUCCAACAUCCUAUGUUUUACUUGUUAUAUAUGCAUUAACAAAUUUAAAUGCAAAUGCAUGGGGUACACGUGAAGAUAUAUUUAUACCAAAUCGUAAAAAAAAACAAAAAUUUAAAAGUCAAGCUGAAUGUUUACAAUUUCUUGAACAACAAUUUUCAAAUGCUAAAAAUUCAAAUGAAUUAUUAGCUGUUGUUGAAAAUUUAAUUGAUGAAUGUCAUUCACAACGUACAGAAUCAAGUGAUCAAUUAUUAGCACAAAUAACAGCUGUACUUAAUCGUAUAAAUAUGUUUGAUGAUCUUGAUAAACGUUUAAAUAAAGGUUUAGAUUUACAUGGUCUUGGUUUAGAAGAACUUGUUGAAGAACAAGAAAAAAAAGAUCCAAAUCAAAAUAUAAAUCAUGAACAAAAACGUACAGAACAAUUAAUUAAUAAAUAUGAUGAUCGUAUAAAUCCAUAUUGGUUCGAUCAUCAAUUAGUUAAAUAUGCUGAUAUUAAAUAUUUAAAUGAAAAUGAAUUUAUUUUUUGGAGACGUUUAAUACAAAGAUAUUUAAAACCAAUACAUAUGGAUGCAUUAGAAAAACAAAAAUUACAAUUAGGUUUAAAUGAUUUACGUGAUCAAGGUGUAUUUGCUUUUUUUAUGCUUGAUGCAUUAUGGAUAGCAUUUGUUUUUUCUGUUUUACUUGCACAAAAUCGUUUAAAAGAUAUGUUAUUUAUACCUGUACCUAUACCAAGUUCAUAUAAUGAUCAUGCUAUGAUUGAACCAUUAGGUGUUAUGUUAAUAUUUUUUUUUGGUAUUAUAUGUUUAAUACAAUUUAUAGCUAUGCUUUGUCAUCGUUAUAAUACAUUUCAACAUAUAUUAGCAUCAACAAAACUUCGUUCAAGUAAAUUUGAAGGUGUUAGAAUUGAAGAUAUUAUGGAUAUUGUUAAAAUGCUUCAACAAAUCAAACCAAUCGAUGAAGAAAAUGAACCAUUACCAGAUUAUAGUGAUGGUGAAAUGGACAAAAAUGAUAAUCCACAUAAUGGAAUGAAAGGUGGUGAUGAUGAUGAUCGAUCACAAGGUGGAUCAGGUGAUGAUGAUGUUUUUAUUCAAGCAGCUGCUAUUGCUGGUGAAAUGAAUAAUGAACCGGGUGUAGGAAAAUAUCAUAUUGUCGAUGAAAAUGGGCCAGUUAGUCGAAAACUUCGUCAUAGAAUAAGUCGCCGUAAUCCUGGUAAACCUUCUGAUGAUCGUCAUCAUCGUAAAGGUGUCGAUAAUCCAUCAUUUCAACAUGAGGAUUCUCAACAUGGAAUUGAACGUAUAACAUCACCAAAACGAAAUCGAAAAAUACGAUCAAGUGCAAGUCCAUCAAAAAAAUCUCGUAAUGUAAAACCUCGUACACAUAGUGAAAAUCGUCAUUUAAAUUCUCAUAUACGUUCACCACAACAACAAGAUACAUCAAUUUUAACAACAACUCAAGCUGGAGCUUCAGCUGUUUAUCCAUUACCAUCACGUCAUCAACGUCGUACACAUUAUAAUAAAAAAUUACAAAAGAAAAAUUCUCUUGAUGCUAAUUUUCGUCGUCGUGUUGAAAAAUUAAAAGAAGCUACAAGUUCAACGGAACUUGAUAUGAAAUUACUUGAUAAAAAAAUGACAAAAGUUCUUUUUAAUAUGCAUGGUGUUCCAGUUGGACCAAAUGUUUUAUAA